CACCUUCUGCUCCUUCCCACCUCGGGAUCCCUGCAGUGCUCGGGGCACCCUGUGUCACCUGCUGAGCCCCUCCAUACCUGAGAUGGGGAGGGGGUACCACAGCUCAUCCUCAAAGUCCAGUGCUGUGUCACAGGUUCAGGCUAAGUUCAUUUCUAGGAGUAGCUCAUAUGCUCCUUCAAUUAGCAUAAACAGGAACAAGGGCAGGCAGAGGUCAAGAGAAGUUCAAAAUAGUAUAAAGUCUUUUUGCUGGUGUUCCCAAAUGUUUCUGAUUCUGCAAAGUUCUCCAUGCUGGCCUUGCCAGUGUGUUUACCAGACCAUUGUAAAAGUCAAAGAACAAGGCCUGGCUUGAUACAAGGAAAGUCAGAAAUCGAGGGGUUGAGAAUAGGUAGCAUUGUUGCUUAAAACAGGAGAAAUAAUUGAUUUAUGUUAUGGUGGCCAAUUAGGCUGUAAAGUGAAAAACCUUAAAGAAACCCUGUGGCUUCAAGGGAGCUUUUUGCUCUGAUUCCUACUCGGCAAAUAACGGUACCCCAAUAAAGGUCAUCAGCUCCAUGAGCUGAAUUAUUAAUUCCUUUCAUGCCACUCAGGGCUUGUAAACAGUAUAUAAUACAGGAAAACAAUUGGCACUGUUCACUGAGUGGGCAGAGGAGAGGUCAGGAGGUAAAUUCUUGUAUUGGCAGCAGCCGCUCUUCACAGCUGAGCAGACUUCUGUCCUUUUCAUCUUUUAGAGCAAACCACUUUCCAAAAUCUUAGUCUGGUUGUUAGUCCAUAUCUCUUCUCUCAUAGAUGAAUUGUUUUUAGGAAUUUAAUAGAUAACAUAUAAGUAUGAAGAUAAAGAGGGCUGGAAGGAAGGGUGGGGGAUUAUGGAUAAGAGAGCAAACCAGCAUUGCCAUGUUUCAUAAACAGCUGCUUUUUUUAUAUUGAGAGAAAUUUUUAAAUCUAUCUAUUCAAGGUGGGGUGUAGAAUAAGCAGUAGUGCUUUUAUGUGCUUACAAAAAAAUCCAAGUGUGAUUUUGAGAUUAAUAUGUUACAAAUACCAUCUGCCAGCAGUAGCACAAGACCAGAAAUGUUGAUGUAUUGCUGCUCUUGGAUGCCACAGCUGUGCCACGUUCCUGCAGCACAGGGCAGGACUGGGAGGGAAUUCUAACCUCAAACUUGAGCAGCUGGGUGGUGUGAGCAUGGUGUCUGCAUGGGUGAACAUAUUACAAAGAGUCAUUAAAACACAUAAUUUCAAGCAUGAGCUGAAAUUUCCAAGUCUGGCCGAGAAAUAGUUCCACUUUGUUGUUUGCAGCCUGUAACGUGGCAUUACAAUGAACGAUCUAAAAUUUCAGGGCUUGGAGAAUUUGCGCUGCUCUUCUCUAAACACUUCCCGCUCAGAAGCCUCUCUUCGGAAGGCACAUGCAUUAUUUAGUUGCUCUUUGAAUGAUACUUGAUAAACUAUUCCAGAUGUUGGCAGGUGUAGCUUACUGCCCUAAGUGACUGCUGCUCUCACAGCAGCUUCUCGAGUGCCUGCCCUGUGCCAUCUGGCCAGUGCUGGGCAGUGACCUCUGUGUGCCAGAGCAGCAGGUAACCUCAGAGUGACCAUCUGCUGGCUUGGUCCCUCAGCCUCCCCGAAAGCUGACUUGUGCUCACUGCUGACUCUGCACCACUCUCAAAAGAGUCAGAGUAACUUUAACCUGCACUCAGUUUUUUGGCUUGAUUUGGAUGUAUGUGAAUACAAUGUCAAUAGGCAAAAGCUUUUUCCAGGAACCUGAAAUGGCUGUAUUACAUAUGAAGAAUCUUUUAUUUAUUUAUAAAACAUGAAUAGUAUAUGGCUUGCUAGUUCUAAAUUAGGGACACUAUAGUAUUAGGGUGGAAAAUAGGAAGAUGCCAAAUAAUUUUUCUUCUGUGAGCACAUCAGACCUGUGCAGUGUAAUCCAGAGCCUGUUGGGAGCUCUGCAGUCAGCGUGGCACAUGCAGCUUUCUGAGCACUGCUGCAAGAGCCAAGCAAGAUGAUAAAUUAACGUGUAGAUGUUCUAGGCAGUAAAUGCCUUGGUAAUUCAGUGGGGAAUAGGACAGGAAGAAACCAGGGCAUUGCUGAAUAAAUCUGUAAUUGUGUUUAUUGCUGUUCUCAGCUAUGGCUGGUGUUUAAUAUGAUGAACUAAAGCUGCUGCUUUUGAGUAGCUGCACCAAGGAGGCUCAGAGUGGCACCAGAGUAUGGCAGGAGGAUUGUGUGGUGCAGUGUCUGCUCUCACGUUCUGUAAAAAUGGGCUGCUGAAGUGUUUACUUUUGUUUGUGGUUUGCCUAAUUAGAGCAGAACUUUGCACUUUCAGUGUAAACAGUGGUCCUGAGGGAACUGCCUGCUGCCUGAGAAAUGGGAAUUGCAAGAAUGUGAAAGGCAGGAUUUGGGCUGGCAGCAAAGCCUGGCUGUGGGCUGAGCUGUGCUUCUGGGGCUGUGUUCUGUGGUCAGGAAUGUAAACUUGGAAUGUGCAUUUAUUGGGUCUUAGAGCUAAACAAGAGUUACAGAAUAUAUAAUUAUGUGGGACCUACCAGCACCAAAUCAUGGAGAUGGAGACUGAUGGUGACUGGAGAUGGGUGUUGGUGGUGAUGUGCUGAGAGGGGCUGUGGUCUUUUGAGAGAGACCAAGCCCAAAAAAUGCAUCUUGGCUUUACCUAAUCUUGUGUUAAAACUGACCCUGUUAGUGCAAGAUGGUUUUCUCCUGGUUUGGGGCCUGGAAAGGUGGGUCCUUUCCAAAACACAGAGGGCAAUCUGGCAUUUGUUUCUGAUCAUGCUCUGACUUUGAGGGUUUUCACUGGCAGAUACAGGCAGGAAGUUCUGUUUCUUCUUUCAACUGUUAGAAAAUAAAGCUUUGGAGUGGCUUGUGCUUAAAGACACUUGUUUCUGAUGCUGCUCCAGAUCAAAUUCCAGCAGCUUGCCAGCCUUUGGAAGAGGAUCUCUCUUCUGAUCAGGAAUCUUUUGAAGGUUCACUGGACACAGAUGGGAGAUCAUGAUGUCCUUUCAUUCCAUAGUAAUGCUCUGCAUACAGUUUAAACCUGAUGUAAUUUAGACUUUCUUUGUGCUGGAAGUUGCUCUGAAUUGAUAUUCUCAAACCAUCACAAGUUACAAAUUAUAAUAUGACUGCUGAGAAGAGUAGAUCUACAGAUAAUGUGUAUGAUAGAAAUACCUUGAAAGGGGGAAGCUGGUGCUGGUAAAACGACCUGAUUCUCAAAGCAGUUUCCUCAGGUGAUUGAAGACAUGUGUAUUCGAUUUCAGUGUAAAUGAAAGUUUUCAAAAUAAAACCUUCUCAGUAACAUGCACAUCACAUCUUUCUCAUUUUCACUUUCCCAUUAGCUACAGAUGUGGAGCAGAUGAGUUCCUCCUCUCCUGUCCUCCCUAUGAACUCCAUGGGCAAUGAGCGGGUGGAUCAGCGAACCUGCCUGAUCUGCGGGGACAGGGCCACGGGGCUGCACUAUGGCAUCAUCUCCUGCGAGGGCUGCAAGGGCUUCUUCAAGAGGAGCAUCUGCAACAAGCGCGUGUACCGCUGCAGCCGCGACAAGAACUGCGUCAUGUCCCGCAAGCAGCGCAACCGCUGCCAGUACUGCCGGCUGCUCAAGUGCCUGCAGAUGGGCAUGAACCGCAAAGCAAUCAGGGAGGAUGGCAUGCCAGGAGGCAGAAACAAAAGCAUCGGACCUGUCCAGAUAUCAGAGGAAGAGAUUGAGAGAAUUAUGUCUGGGCAAGAAUUUGAGGGAGAGGCAAACAUGUCAUGGAGCAACAACGGAGACAGUGACCACAGUUCCCCUGGAAAUGGAGUUUCUGAGAGCAACCAGCCUUCACCUGUUUCUACUCCAUCUUCAAGUAGGUCUGUGGAGCUGAACGGGUUCGCUGCACUCAGGGAUCAGUACCUGGGCACGCCGGUGUCCACGCACUACCAGUACCUGCCGCACCUUUUUAGCUACUCGGCGCACUCGGCGCUGCUGGCGCCGCAGCCGCGCAGCCUGGAGCCGCAGUCACACAGCCUCAUCAGCCAGCUGCUGUGUGCCGAGGACCUGGAGCCCCUCGGCACCCCCAUGCUCAUCGAGGACGGGUAUAAAGUGACUCAGGCAGAGCUGUUUGCGUUGCUGUGUCGUCUGGCAGAUGAAUUGCUUUUCAGGCAGAUUGCUUGGAUCAAGAAGCUGCCGUUCUUCUGUGAGCUCUCCAUCAAGGACUAUACCUGCCUGCUCAGCUCGACGUGGCAGGAGCUGAUCCUGCUCUCCUCACUGACUGUUUACAGCAAGCAGAUCUUUGGGGACCUUGCAGAUGUCACCUCCAAGUACUCUCCCUCUGAUGAUGAGCUGCACAGGUUCAGUGAGGAGGGGAUGGAGGUGAUGGAGCGGCUGAUCUACCUCUUUCGCAAAUUCAACCAGCUGAAGGUCAGCAACGAGGAGUAUGCAUGCAUGAAAGCCAUCAACUUCCUAAACCAAGAUAUCAGGGGUCUGACCAACGCCUCCCAGCUGGAGCAGCUGAACAAGCGGUACUGGUACGUGUGCCAGGACUUCACCGAGUACAAAUACCCCCACCAGCCAAACCGCUUCCCGGAUUUAAUGAUGUGUUUGCCAGAGAUUCGGUAUAUUGCAGGAAAAAUGGUGAAUGUCCCCCUGGAGCAGCUGCCUCUCCUUUUUAAGGCCGUUCUACAUUCCUGCAAGACGAGUGUGAGCAAGGAGUGAGCGCAGCUGGCCCGGCCGGUGCCUUACACUGAGCCUCGGGCUGGGAGAGGGGCAAACGCCAUCCAGGCAGGAGACAGGGCAGGGGGCCUCCCUGCCCUUGUAGCAAGAAUCUUUUUUUGUUUGUUUUUUUGUUUGUUUUGUUUUGUUUUUUUACUCUUUUUCCUAUAUAUUUAUUUCACGACAGAGUUGAAUGUAUGAUCUUCAACACGAUGCACAUGGUUCUGUAAGAAUGCAGCAGAUGCAUUCUCCAGCGGUUUACAGAAUGUGAAGAUGUUUAAUGUUACAGUGUUUGUUAGGGUUAGUUCUUUUGUAUUUGGGGCUGGGGACCGAGAUGACUAAGACUACCUCAAGGAGAAGAUGCUGUUCACGCACUGCUCUUUCCAUGAUUUGCAUCCAAAGCAUUUGUCAUAGAGAGCAAAUGUUGACAGAGCUGUUAUAUCCCAAAGGGACGACUUUGGAGAAGUGGGUGCUAGAGAAGUGCCAAGCUUUUUCUUUAAUUUUAAAAAGGCAGGGAGUGGAGAAGUCUGUCUAGGCAGUUGGUUUCUUUUCCCCUGGCAGUUUCCAGAUGCAGGUUUCCAGUGGGAUGGCAGUGCUCUGAGGGGCUCCCUGGCCCUGUCCUCUCUGGAGAGUUGCAAGUGGGGUCUGCCCCAGCCCCUCCUGGCCAGCUGCUCUCUUACUACUGCCACAGCACCUGCCAAUUCCUCGGAAAUUGUGUUCCUGCAGUUCAUUACAGGCUCCUGUCAUUACACAAAGGUGCUGCUGUUGCUAGAGAACAGCAAGGACUUUAUCAUCACUUCCUUAAAAUCCAUUUUAGGUUUACAAAAGCAGGAAAAACCUACUUAGAGAAGAGGCAGCAUUGCCCCUGUUAAUGUGUUCCUCCAACAUGGUACCUGGAUCGAGAGGCUUCUGUGUUACAGCAAUUCCCAUUUUGGGAGCAGUUACUGUAUCCUGUGUUAAAUGGGGCCUGUGUAGUGGGGUGAGGGACUCCAGUGUCCUCUGGCAAGGCUUUCUCUGCUGGACUCAGGGAAUGGGUGUUCCAUAAUUAUAUCCUGCCAGGACUGCCCUGUUCCUUGUGGAAUCCCAGGAAAAAGGACAUUACUGCUGUACUUGGUUACCUGCCAUGUUCUAGGUGUUGCAAGGCUUGGAUUUUCCACCUCACAGCCUCGCCACAAUUCCAGAUGGAGAACUGGUUUAAUGACAGCUGAUUAGCUGAUUGAGUGUUUGCUGAGUGCUGGUGUUUAGCUAAACUUGGGCAUUCUCAUGAGUGACCUCAUGGUUUCCUGCUUAUGGUGGGGAGGUUGGAUGAGAUGCUCUUGAUCUCAUCUCCUUCAUUAGGAAUUAAUAUUCAAAGACUCCAGUCACUCUCCUAGACAGUCUUGGCUGGGUUUCCUUCCCUUCCUCCUCAGAUGUAAAUCUGGCAUUCACUUAGCAAGGUGAUAAGUGUUUGAAUGCUAUUUUAAAAUACUUGUGGAAACAACUUUUGUUCCUUCAGGGUAGGAGGGACGAGUCACCACCUUUGGUGACAGCUGCGUGGCACAGAGUGAGCACAGCUCAGCAGGGCUGCAGCUGCUGUGCAUGAAUGUG